GAGCAAACUUUCACAUUAUUCAUUUUCUCUUCCAAGAUGGGAAGAAGAAAAACUAAGGCGCAAGCUAAGCUCAGGUCAAUAGAUGAGGACGCAUCUGACGAUAAUGUCUCGUUGGAGACCGAAACAAGCGAUCUUAAGGAUGCCGUUGGGCAACACCGAGGGGAUGGUGCAAGCCAUGGUGAGGCCGAUGCCAUCUUGGGCGCGACACCGGACGAUGACAAAUCGAAUUCUGAAGAUGAUCAAAAGCCAAAAACUGCAAAGAAAAAGGAAUACAAGGGUAAUAAACUAAAAAUUCAAGGUAACAAGCAGAAAAAAACAAAGACGCUGAGCGAUGCACACGAUGGUAGCCAGAAGCCAUUUUCAAGCAAAUUGGAACUGAAUGACGCUCAAAGUGACGGUGGGGAUAGCAUUCAUGAAGAUGAGGGUGCCGCAGAGCCUGCUCACAAAGCACCUAUUGAAGUUUUGUACUGCCCUUUUUGUACAUUUCCCGCAGAGAUGUGUGAGUUCGGUGGAAUGAUGGACAAGUGUCGACCUUGGCUUCUUGAACACGCUCCUGAGUUUGCUGACGCCGAUAAUCUUGGUCGAAAGCGCAGAAUUCUUACGGAAAAGGAGCAUAUUGAGGCUAUGAUAGCUGGAAAGGGCAUCAAAAAGGCGUUGGAACGACACGUAGUCUUAGAGCUGGAAAGCCGUAGCGGAAAACGCAAGAUUACCACCGUCACCGGGAUGAAUCUCUUUGGGUUCAACCUCAAAGACCUUUCAAAGGAGUGGCGAAAGACAUUCUCCUGUGGGGUAGGUGUGCGUGACGCGACGGACGGAGUACACCAAGACUGCAUUGAUAUUCAGGGUGAUGUAACCGAUAAACUUGUGGAUAUUCUACUUGAAAAGUUCAAGAUACCAAAAGAGGCUGUAUACCGCAUUUUAAAAAAGAAGAAGGUUAAGUACUUUGAUGAUACUGAUGGAAGCUAA